AUGAAAAAAGGGCACAGAUGAUGCGGUUGCUCUCGUAUAUCGUGCGCCCUUUUUUCACUGGCACAAGAUAGAGUGAAGCUUAUCCAAUACGGAUUUGUUUUGACGUUGAGGGAUUAGUGCAGUGGUCCAAUUCCACAGACCUAGAGAGUCGAACAGCAGUAACAUUGCAUUGAUGUAGGGUCUAGCAACUAUUCUGCAUGAAUCGUCUAUCGCAAAGAGCCAACAACUGCGACUAGCCUGCCAUGAGUCAGUUCCGUGCAUUAGCAGGUAUCCUGAGGAGUAGAGGCUGGCAGUGCCUGCUGCUGCCCGGGGGAGGAGGUGGAGGGGGUCCGGCCUGCCGAUCUGUGUUGGCAGGGUCGGCUAGGAGCUGCUUUGCUGGGCCUUCGGCUCCCACCGCUGUGAACAGCAGCAGCAGCUCAAGCUCAAGCUAUGUGGAGGAAAUGUACUUCGCCUGGUUGGAGGAUCCCACAAAUGUCCACGAGUCCUGGGACACGUUCUUCCGCCACGCCCAGGCUGGGGCUGUGUCCGACGGGGGAGUGGAGGGCCCCCCCUCUGCCCUGCUGCAGGGCCGUGCUGGCCACCAGACUCCCAGCAUGGCCCGCAAGGUGGUGGAGGAUCACCUGGCUGUGCACACCCUCAUAAGAGCCUACCAGAUCCGUGGACACCACGUCGCCCAGUUAGACCCACUGGGAAUUCUGGAAGCUGACUUGGACUGCUUUGUGCCGUCCGACCUGAUCACCACAAUCGACAAACUGGGGUUCUACGGUCUGGAUGAGAGCGACCUGGACAAGACCUUCCGGCUGCCCUUCACCACCUUCAUCGGGGGAGGGGCCACCACUCUGCCCCUGAGGGAGAUCAUCCGCAGGCUGGAGACGUCGUACUGUGGCCACGUGGGCGUGGAGUUCAUGUUCAUCAACAGCGUGGAGCAGUGCCAGUGGAUCCGGGGGAAGUUCGAGCCCCCCGGAGCCAUGCACUUCACCAGCGCCGAGAAGAGGACCCUGCUGGCCCGCCUGGUCAGAUCCACACGGUUUGAGGACUUCCUGGCCAGGAAGUGGUCAUCGGAGAAGCGGUUUGGUCUGGAGGGAUGCGAGGUCCUCAUUCCCGCUCUUAAGAUGAUCAUAGACAGUUCCAGCGCUGCUGGCAUCGACAGCAUCAUCAUGGGGAUGCCUCAUCGGGGUCGUUUGAAUGUCCUGGCCAACGUGAUUCGCAAGGAACUGAACCAGAUCUUCUGCCAGUUCGACCCCAAGUUGGAGGCUGCAGACGAGGGUUCAGGGGACGUCAAGUACCACCUGGGGAUGUACCACGAGAGGAUCAACCGGGAGACGGACAAGACCCUGACUCUGUCCCUGAUGGCCAACCCGUCCCACCUGGAGGCCGUGGACCCCGUUGUGCAGGGCAAGGCCAAGGCGGAGCAGUUCUACCGGGGGGACUCCCAGGGGAAGAAGGUCAUGUCCAUUUUGAUCCACGGAGACGCUGCCUUCGCUGGACAGGGAGUCGUAUACGAGACCUUCCACCUCAGCGAACUCCCCUCGUACACCACACAUGGUACGAUCCAUGUCGUCGUCAACAAUCAGAUCGGCUUCACCACGGACCCCCGCGUGGCACGCUCCUCCCCCUACCCGACCGACGUGGCCCGGGUGGUCAACGCGCCCAUCUUCCACGUGAACGCCGACGACCCCGAGGCCGUCAUGCACGUGUGCCGUGUGGCCGCGGAGUGGCGCAGCACCUUCCACAAGGACGUGGUCAUCGACCUGGUGAGCUACCGACGCUUCGGCCACAACGAGAUGGACGAGCCCAUGUUCACCCAGCCGCUGAUGUACAAGCAGAUCCGCCGGCAGGAGGACGUGCUGAAGAAGUACUCGGACAAGCUCAUCUCCGAGGGCGUGGUCACGCUGCAGGAGUUCGAGGAGGAAGUAGCCAAGUAUGACAAGAUCUGCGAGGAGGCGUACACCAGCUCCAAAGAUGAAAAGAUAUCUCACAUCCGCCAUUGGCUGGACUCACCCUGGCCAGAUUUCUUCACGGCCGAAGGGGAGCCGAAGAGCAUGAGCUGCCCCCCCACGGGCCUGGAGGAGGGGGUGCUGCAGCACAUCGGCCUCACCGCCAGCUCCGUCCCUCUGGAGGGCUUCAACCUCCACCCCGGGGUGUCGCGGAUCCUGCGGGGCCGGUCUGAGCUGGUGAAGGCCCGUCAGAUGGACUGGGCCCUGGGGGAGUACAUGGCGUUCGGGUCCCUGCUCCAGGAGGGGGUCCACGUGAGGCUCAGCGGGCAGGACGUGGAGAGGGGCACCUUCAGUCACCGACAUCACGUCCUGCACGACCAGGAAGUGGACCGGCGUUUCUGUGUUCCAAUGAACCACCUGUGGUCCGACCAGGCACCCUACACGGUCUGCAACAGCUCCCUGUCGGAGUACGGGGUCCUGGGGUUCGAGCUGGGCUUCGCCAUGGCCAGCCCCAACGCCCUGGUGCUGUGGGAGGCUCAGUUCGGAGACUUCCACAACACGGCCCAGUGCAUCAUAGACCAGUUCAUCAGCCCGGGACAGGCCAAGUGGGUCCGCAACAACGGCAUCGUGCUGCUGCUGCCACACGGCAUGGAGGGGAUGGGUCCAGAGCAUUCGUCGGCCAGACCGGAGCGCUUCCUGCAGAUGAGCAAAGACGACCCAGACCGCUUCCCGGAGUUCAGCGGAGACUUCGAGGUCCACCAGCUGUUUGACUGUAACUGGGUGGUGGUGAACUGCUCCACUCCGGCUAACUUCUGCCACAUGCUGAGGAGGCAGGUCCUGCUGCCCUUCAGGAAACCGUUGAUCGUUUUCACCCCCAAGUCCCUGCUGAGACUCCCCGAUGCCAGGUCCAGUUUUGAUGAGCUCUCUAAAGGGACCAGGUUCAAGAGGCUGAUUCCCAACGAGGGCCCAGCGAGUGAAAACCCCCAGCAGGUGCAGCGAGUCAUCUUCUGCACCGGGAAAGUGUACUAUGAACUGGCCCGGGAGAGGAAAGUCCUCAACCUGGAGGGAGAGGUGGCCCUCAUCCGACUGGAACAGAUCUCUCCGUUCCCCUUCGACCUGGUGAGGAGCGAGGUGGAGAGGUACUCCAACGCCGAGCUGGUCUGGUGCCAGGAGGAACACAAGAACAUGGGUUACUAUGACUAUGUCCGGCCGCGCUUCCUCACCGUGGUGGCCAAUCAGAAACCUAUUUGGUACGUGGGUCGCGACCCCGCGGCCGCGCCCGCCACUGGCAACAAGGCCACGCACCUCAAUGAGCUGAGGAGGUUCAUGGACACCGCGUUCAACCUCGCCGUCUUCCAGGGAAGGAAGUUCUAGGGGAACCUGGAGAAGAACGGGUUGGAUCCGUGGGUUGGGGCGGACCUCACGGCGGACUAUGGCGUCGGCACACGUUUAUUUAUCAAAGCACUUUGACGGGUUAGUUAGUGGAUGUCUAUGCAGCACUUUAUAAUGAUUUAAGCAAUGCACCACAUGAAAAACUACAAAGGUAUAAUUAUGAGAAUGCCACUUUAUUUUCCUUAAGGCGUUCCGAGGCUAUAAAGGGGGAAUAAUGAAUUAACAAAUGAUCGAUCAUUUGUUCCCUUUUUUCGUUUUUCAUGUGGUUUACUCCUUUAACUUCCUGCCACUUUCCAUCGAGUAACUUUUUCUCAUUGUAGAACAUUUAUGCAAUCCCCAAUAGAUGGCACUUUAGCACACACAACGCCUCGAUGUUGAGCCUUUAGAUAUCCUAAUUGUAAGUGUUGUGUUUGCUGUUGUGUAGAUAGACCAAUGCCAUCCAGAAUGACAUCGAGAACGAAUGAAGACAUGUUUUUAAACGCCUAGCGGGUUUCCUGCUUGAGUGUAUGUGUGUCUUUACUUUGUUCUCGUCUAAUCGGACUGUUGAAUGAGUGUUGGAUUGAGUCACACCUGUCUACACCCGAAGACGGCAGCCAGCUGGCAGGGAAAGAUGGACACAUGGUGUAUGUCUGUAUGUCCAUGUAUGUCUGUGUGAUGGUUGUCAUGUCAGAAAACCUUAGAGCACGGAGCGUUGUGCCGACCGGAACUUAUCAAAAUGGCGUCCGUAUCCUGUCAAGCUAAACCUCCGCACUGCGAAUGAACAGAAGCACAAACCGUAUAGUUCUAUACAUAUUUUUGUAGUUGCUUAAAAACAAUCUGUUUAUUGUGUUUUAAAGUUAAGUUUAAGUAUUGACACGGUUGUGUACAGGUGAUGGAAAGUUUAUGGAAUAAGAAAUAUAGAAAUGUAGAAUUCUAAAUAUUUUGUAGUCAUAUUAAAUGACAACUUGAAUGAAAAUAACAAUAAAUGCUGAAACAUA